AUGGCUGCACAGCAGAUUGUCAAGAAGAUGUCUGGCGUCGAUGUGACCUUUGGUCCUGGCCUGGAUAUCAACAGCGUUGUCAUUCCUCCCACCAAGCCCGCUGACUGGAACGCCUAUCUUGAAAAAAGCUACAACGAAAGCCAGUAUGUCUCGUUCACGAGUGCAAACAUGGUUAAGCUCUUUUGGUAUACCGCAACUUCAUCGGCCUCUCUCAGCUUCCGUGAUGCUACGAAGUGUCAAGAGAUCGUGCGCCACUUCAACGACGGGAAAGCUGGAGCUUGUGGCAAAUACGUUACAGCACAAGUCUUGCCUGGACAACGGGGCCCAUACGUCCAGCUCAGCAAGCUUCCACUCAAGGUCACCACGUUGGACAUCACUCGUGGUCUCCCAGCGUUACUCCAUCCCAGUCACAUCUCUAUCACUCCCAACGCCAAGCUCGAGCCCGCAGCCCAGCUCCAAGCCAUCAACAACCUGGUCUCCUCUUAUGGCCCCAUCGCGUGGAACGGCGAAAUCAAAGACAACGACGCGCUCAAUGAAGUCCAUUUUCAGUUCCUCAACGAAUCCGACGCAAGACGGGCAGUCGAAAAGCUUAACAACACGAUCCAGAAGGCUGCUGGUAUCAAGCAGCUCUACGCGAUCGUCACCCUCUCCCUAGACUACGUCAUCCCAGCUCAGUGGGCCAAGGCACUGGAAGAUGGAGAGAUUCUUUCCCGCGGACAGGCCAUCUAUACAGCCAACAAAGAGAAGGCAUGCCUCCGGUUCGAAUCCGUCGACAAGAACUCCAUCCUCUCUAGCAGAAAGGACAUGGAUGAGAUCCUUGACCAUUUCAUGGAACCAUACGGAGAUAACCGCAAACCUCUCAACUUCGCGGACCCCUGGCGCAGAGGCUGCAGCGAUCAAGAGUGUGCCAUCUGCUUCUGCCCUCCAGAGCAUCCGAUUCAGACCAGCUGCGGACACGUGUACUGCACCACCUGUUACGAGCACACAGUCAAUUCCAACGCAAAGGACGCCAGCCAGAACGGAAUAAAGUGCUUUGGCGACAACGGACAAUGCGGCAAACCUUUGAGCAUCCGCGAGCUCGUCUCCAACCUAGGGACUCUCGGCGUUGACCAGCUCAUCGACAACACUCUGAGCUCUUACUUGCAAGCCAACUCCGCAACGUAUCACUGUUGUCCUACGCCCCAUUGCGAACGCAUCUAUGAGGUCACUCCCGCGGCAGCCGACAACAAGGGCACCAUCCAGCGGUGCAUGGGCUGCUUUGAGAUCCUCUGCACAUCGUGUCACGUUCAACACAACCAUAACGUCACGUGCGACAAGGCUGAGGAUCACGCCAACGGAGAAGUCCUCAAGUCUCUCGGUAUCAAGCCAUGCCCCAGGUGCAAGAUUCCCAUCGACCGAUAUGUGGGUUGCAAUCACGUGGCAUGCACUUGCGGCGCACACGUCUGCUGGUAUUGCAUGGAGGUAUUCGACAACGAUGCCGACUGCUACGCACAUAUGGCUGCCGCUCACAGGAACUACUACGCUGGACAGCCUCAGUACGCGGACUUGGAUGGACUGGCGGACGAGCACUGA